UCUUCCACGGCAGGUGGCGCUGCUGCUCAUGCUACUGUUUCGCUCCCGCGGUGUCUACUUUCCCCGCUCACUGAGGAGAAAAUAACAAGUGGGGCGGCUGGAGACCGUAAAGCACAUCGGACAUGAGUGGCGUGGUUACUCGGAUUACGGUCAGGACUUUGGUCUGAAGAGUGAGUGAGAGAGCGCGUGCGCGUCUGUGUGUUUCCGGUAGCUGGAUGAAGAGCGACAGCUGAGCUGGAACCCGAACCCGAGUGACGGCGGCGGUGUGAUGCGGAUUUCCUCUGUCAGGGCCGGGAUCCGUUGAGAUGGAAUGGUGCAAGAAAGUCCUGACGGAUAUCGCGGCCUGAACACACACCACACCAUGGAGAUCCAUCCGCUAUGCACGAAGCUUUGCCAUCAUAAAGCUGUGGAGCUGAAGGAUGACGUGUGUGAGAAGCAGAGCGCGGUCACUAUUAACCCUCGGCACAUGAAGAAGGCUUUCAGGAUCAUGAACGAGUUGCGCAGUCAGAGUGUGUUGUGCGACGUGACCAUCGUCGCGGAGGACGUGGAGAUCGCAGCACACCGGGUGGUUCUGGCAGCUGGGAGCCCAUAUUUCCAUGCCAUGUUUACAGGUGAGAUGAGUGAGAGCAGACAAAAGAAGGUGCGGAUAAAGGAGAUAGACGGAUGGACGCUGGGGAUGCUGAUCGAUUAUGUUUACACUGCCGAAAUACAGGUCACCGAAGAGAAUGUACAGGUGCUGCUGCCGGCCGCUGGUCUCCUCCAGCUACAGGAGGUGAAGAGAGCAUGUUGCGAGUUUCUCUCCACUCAGCUCCAUCCCACGAACUGCCUCGGAAUCCGGGCCUUCGCCGACCUGCACGCUUGCUCUGACCUCCUCAACCUGGCCAACUCGUAUGCCGAGCAGCACUUCUCAGAGGUGAUGCAGUGUGAGGAGUUCCUCAACCUGGGCAUGGAGCAAGUGUGCAGCCUUAUCGCCAGUGACAAGCUCACCAUACCUUCUGAAGAGAAGGUGUUCGAGGCGGUCAUCGUGUGGGUCAAACACGAUAAGGACGUUCGACAGGAACAUAUGUCUCAUCUGAUGGAGCACGUACGCCUGCCUCUCCUCUCCAGAGAGUACCUCGUACAGAGGGUGGAGGAAGAAACGUUGGUGAAGAACAGCAGUGCUUGUAAAGACUACCUGAUUGAGGCCAUGAAGUACCACUUGCUGCCGGCCGAGCAGCGCUCCAUGAUGAAGACCGUACGCACCAGAGUGCGCACACCAGUCAGCUACCCGAAGGUGAUGGUGGUUGUUGGAGGCCAAGCACCGAAAGCUAUCCGCAGUGUGGAAUGUUAUGACUUUGAAGAGGAGAGAUGGUUCCAAGUGGCAGAACUGCCAUCCAGACGAUGUCGAGCAGGUGUAGUGUAUAUGGGUGGCAUGGUGUAUGCUGUCGGAGGCUUUAACGGCUCUCUGCGCGUGAGGACCGUGGACGCGUACGACCCUGUGAAAGACGAGUGGUGCUGUGUGAGCAGUAUGCAGGACCGGAGGUCCACACUAGGUGCUGCUGUUCUCAACGGACUCCUUUACGCUGUGGGAGGUUUCGAUGGCAGUACAGGUCUGGCUACUGUUGAGGCGUACAACUCGAAGACCAACGAAUGGUUCCACAUUGCUCCCAUGAACACCCGGCGCAGCAGCGUGGGAGUGGGCGUGGUCGGAGGUAUACUGUAUGCAGUUGGCGGGUAUGAUGGAGCGACACGCCAGUGUUUGAGCACCGUGGAGGCGUAUAACCUGAACACUAACGAGUGGUCGUACAUGGCAGAGAUGGGGACACGGCGCAGUGGAGCAGGGGUGGGUGUGCUAAAAGGUCUGCUGUACGCAGUGGGCGGGCACGACGGCCCGUUAGUCAGGAAGAGCUGUGAGGUAUACGACCCUGUCUCCAGCACCUGGAAACAAGUAGCCGAUAUGAACAUGUGUCGCCGGAACGCAGGAGUGUGUGCGGUCAGCAAUCUGCUGUAUGUGAUCGGGGGUGAUGACGGCUCCUGUAACCUGGCAUCGGUGGAGUUCUAUAAUCCCAGUACGGAUAAGUGGACCAUAUUGCCAAGCUGCAUGAGCACUGGGCGCAGCUACGCAGGUGUGACGAUCAUUGAUAAACCUCUUUGAGCAAUUGAAGAGUUGAAACUCUGUUGAAGUGGAAGCUGAAAAUAAGCUGAUGUGAUGCUGAGGAGUGGCUCACACUGAAGACGAGGCUGAAGCUUCCUCCUGGAGCUGCUUCAUGAUUCAGAAGGCCUGGACAACACUGCUCUCUCUCUAUCUAUCUUCCUGUCCUGUCUGUUUAUCUCCACCUCUCUCUCUCUCUCUCUCUCUCUCUCUCUCUCUCACACAUAGUCACUCCCUACUCACAUUUUUCCCUCUCUCUCUCUCUCUCUCUCUCUCUCUCUCUUCCUUUUAUUUGAGAGUAGUUACAGUAUGAUGAAGAUUUUUGCACUUUUACAGCAAAGUAUUAACCAAGCGUGAUGGUUCAAACUCUAAAGUAACUGAACGGAUGCCUCUGAAAACACUACCAUAUCGUUCCAGCAUCUGUCCGUGGGGUUGGUAGCGAAUCUGUAGACCUGAAGGAACCCCUCGCUCAUCGUGGAUGUAUUAGACUCGGACCUGGACUCGAUUAAAACGGACCAGCGCUUUCUCACUCUGCAUCUCUGAAAGUCACUGGACCGAAGAGAUGAUUUUUAUGAAGAAGGAUUUACUCAUGGACUAGAUUGCCGUGAGGUGAUUUUUAUGGCAGGAACGAGAGCUGCUAAUCUACGAGCUGCAUCGGGUGAACAUUAGUAGGAGACUUGCACAUGCAUUUCUCGGGUUUCUUUGCCAAACCGAGUUUGAAAAGUCUUAACGUUGAACGUUUUCUUCAUUUCUUACGCACCGUGUCUUUUAACUGCGAACUGGCUGGGUGUGAAUAUCGGUUCUGGAUGUUUCCGUGAUGCGCUGCUCUGCUGCUGCGUGUGUCUGAGCAUGUGUAUCGUUUCGGACUGCUGCUGGCUGCUCGGCUCUGGAAGUGCUUCUGCAUGGAUCUAGGUUUUGUGUGUGUGUGUGUGUGUGUGUGUGUGUGUGUGUGUGUGUGUGUGUAUGAGUGUGUACUGUUUUGAAACUACUGCUGUCAUCUGUUCAGUGAAGAAUGGGACACUGUGUCGCUCUGCCAACUGCUGAACACUGACCAAAUGUGUGCAGAUUUUCUCUUUCUUUCCUUCCCUUUUAUCUUCUGUACCUUUUUCUAAUCUCAGUUCUGUACUCUCUAAGUAUUUCUAUUUAUCUACUAUUAAUUAUUGUAAUCGAUAUUAAAACUAGGUGUUGGUCAAGAGGAAUGCAGCGCACUUGAACCAUUUCAUAAUGUGUUUUAUAUCAUGAAUAAUAAACAUGCUUCUUGUAUUUAA